UGUGCCAUUAAGAAAACAUAUGGAUCAAACAUAUGGAUCCUCCUCUUUCUCCAACUCUUCAGCCACUGCCACUGACGAAUGUCCUGAUCUUUCUGCUAUUUUCGCCUCCCAACGGUUGUUUGUCUCCACCCCCGGUCUUUCCAACUCUAUUUUGGAAUUCCCUUUUUUCCGACGUGAUGAGCAUCAGAUGAAGGAGAAACUGGUGGGCGGAGGAGUCCCGAUAAAAAAGGACUCUCCCAACCCUUACAUUGACUUCCGAAGGUCAAUGCAGGAGAUGAUUGAGGCUAGGAAGAUUGAAAUGAAGCUAAAUAAUCAACAUAAUCUAGUAGAUGUUAGUGAUGAAAGUGAUGAUUUGUCGGAGUAUUUACGGGAGCUUCUCCUUUGUUAUCUCAACUUAAAUCCUAAACAUACUCAUAAGUUCAUUAUUGAAGCUUUUGCUGAUCUUCUAGUGUCUCUAAUGCCGCCCACGCCCCUGCCCCACCGCAACUAUACGAGUUAGAGCUCCAGGCUGCGGUUGUUGCAAAGCUUGUUACUUCGGGGAAUUGAAUUUCCUUUUUUUUUUUUUUUUUGGAGUAAGCUACUAGAAGAGUUGAGCUCGUCAAAUCCCCAAAGCGUUCACUUAUAUUAAUAUGUGUACAUUGAUUGGUUAGAGAAAAUUAUGUUUCAAGCAUUUUUGUAUGAUAUUGUAUGAUUUAAUGACGGAAAAUUAAAUUGGCCAUAUAAUUAAAUGGUGUUGCAUCAACUCUUGCAUGGUUAUAUAUCUAUGCUACUAAAGAGCAUUGAUCUCUCAAAAUUUAAAAACUUCCUCCAUUCCAAAAUAG